GACUUACUUGGGUUCAAGGCUGUCACAGAAGCUACUGCUCCGCAGCCUGGAGCUUCUAUUCUUCUCGUGAUUUCAUUAGGGGCCUGUGUGGAUGCAUCGUCCUCUGCUGAACAUUGUCGAGCCUUGUUGGAAUAGAACGCUACUCCGUCCAGCGUGAUGUGUUGAGCUGGGAGAUUACUGAGGUUAGCGGCAUGUAGCAUGCGGGCUUUGGUCACUCAAUAUUACUGGGAGUAGAAUUAGGUUAGAAAUCGGAGAGGUCGUCAGUCAUGGCGAUGAUGCUUACGUCCAACGCCAUUGUGGCGCUCAACAAUGGCGACGUCGAGCUUCGUCCCGUGCUUCAGAUUGUCGACAUACGGCAGAUAGGGAAUGCGCAGACUACGACGGAGCGGUUCCGGUUGGUACUUUCGGAUGGCGUGCACCUUCAGCAAGCAAUGUUGGCGACGCAAUUGAAUGAGAAAGUCAAGAACAAUUUGGCUGUGAAGGGCUCGAUUGUGCAGCUGCUGGAAUACAUAUGCAAUACUGUUCAGAAUAGAAAAAUUAUAAUAGUACUCAACAUGGAAAUCGUGGAGUCUAAGGCCGACAUUAUUGGUGAUCCGAAGCACCUGGUUGCAGGCGGAGAGCACCAAGCAGGACCUGGCCCGGGUCCUGGUCCAGGGAGCUCUCAGCUGCAGCAACCAUCACCAAGUAUUUCCGCUCCCUCCACUGCAACGGAUCCCGCGAAUAGCAGUUCUGGAUACAGGCCCGCAGCCACGAAUUUAGGCCAGACUUUGGGGGCAGGGCUGGCCAAUGGUGCGGGAGGCUUUAAUAUGGGCCAAGCACCAGCAGGCGGUUACAAUCCAUAUUCCUCUGCAGGUGUAGGAGUGAAGCCCGAGUUAGGCUUACCAAAGAAUACUACUGCCAAUGGAGUUGGAGUAGGUUAUGGUCAGCAAGGUCAGCAACAAAACGCUUAUGGACGACCUAUGGCUGCCUAUCAGCCUGCUCCCGUGUAUGGGAACCGAGGACCUAUUGUGAAGAAUGAAGCUCCUGCCAGAAUCAUUCCGAUUGCUGCGCUGAAUCCUUAUCAGGGACGCUGGACCAUCAAAGCUCGCAUUACAGCUAAGGGGGAGAUUCGGCGCUUUCACAACGCAAAAGGAGAAGGCAAAGUAUUCUCCUUUGAUAUGCUCGAUGCAGAUGGUGGAGAGAUUCGGGCAACUUGUUUUAACAACGUUGUAGAUCAAUUUCAUGAACGUAUCGAAGUUGGAAAAGUAUAUUUGAUCAGUAAAGGUUCCCUGAAGGCUGCUCAGAAGAAUUUCAAUCAUCUGAAGAACGAUUGGGAAAUAUUUCUAGAAUCACAGACUACAAUUGAACCCUGCUACGAAGAGGACUCAUCCAUACCUCAACAGCACUACGACUUCAAACCAAUUUCUGAGGUAGAAGCAUUGGAGAACAACGCCAUGAUAGAUAUUGUUGGAGUGGUGAUGUCAAUCAAUCCAACAACCACAAUCAUGCGCAAGAAUGGUCUUGAGACGCAGAAAAGGAGUUUACAAAUGAAGGAUAUGUCUAACCGUAGUGUGGAGCUCACUAUGUGGGGUAGUUUCUGUAGUAAGGAAGGUCAAGAAUUGCAAGACCUGUGUGAUUCAGGUGCCAAUCCCGUAUUAGCAGUGAAAGCUGGUCGAGUUAGCGACUUUAGCGGCAAGUCUGUGGGCACGAUUUCUUCCACACAAUUGGCAAUAAACCCCGAUCACCCGGAAGCGCGGAGAGUUCGGGAUUGGUUUGAGCGGGAGGGGAAGAAUACUGCGACCGUCUCUCUAUCUAGAGAAGGUGGAGGUGGAGGGCGGUUGGAACAGCGGAAAACUGUCGCAGCUAUCAAGGAUGAAGGACUGGGUAGAGGUGACAAGCCGGAUUGGAUAACAGUUAGAGCCACUGUCUUCUAUAUCAAACCAGAGAACUUUUGCUAUCCAGCUUGUCCUCUUGAGGUGAACGGGAAGCAGUGUAUGAAGAAAGUGACAAAUAAUGGAGAUGGCACAUGGCGUUGUGAUAGAUGUGACCGUUCUGUGCCCGAAUGUGAUUACAGGUAUCUGCUGAGCAUUCAAGUUCAGGAUCAUACCGGCCCAACAUGGAUAACUGUCUUUCAGGAGACCGGAGAGGAACUAAUGCAGCAUACAGCGAAAGAGCUGUUUUUAUGGAGUCAAGAUGAGCCACAGCGGUUUAGUGAAGCUAUACAAAAGCUUACAUUUACGAAACAUGUAUUCAAGUUAAAAGUCAAAGAAGAGACAUACAACGAUGAGCAAAGAACCAAAUCCACACUGGUCAAGGUAGACCGUAUGGAUUGGGUGUCUGAGAAUAAGCUAAUGCUGGGCUCGAUUAAAAGUUUGAAUUCAGGUGAGCCAGAAUAUAGGGCAGCUGGUACUAGUGGUACUGCAGGUGUAUACCCAAGUGCGACACCUGCGUAUGGUGGGUCGAUCCAGACACCCAAUGUGAAACCAGCUGUGGAGGCACAAAAUAAUUAUGGAGCAGCAACAGGUGGUUUUGGUGGAGGAUAUGGCGGAAGUGGUAGUUCUUACGGAGGUGUUGCUGCAGCUAGCUCUUACGGGGGAGGAUCUGGCGGAGGGAGUAGCAUGGAGUGCUACAAAUGCAAACAGGAAGGGCACUUCGCUAGAGAUUGUCCGAAUUCUGGGGGAGGAGGUGGAUCUGCAUAUGGAGGAGGGUCUACGGGGUAUGGAGGUGGCGCAACGGCGUAUGGUGGAGGAGGGGUUGGCGGCGGUGGCGGCGGAAAUUGUUAUAAAUGUGGCCAAGGUGGGCACUUUGCCAAGGAUUGUCCUAGUCAAACAGGAAUUAGUGGGCGAGGUGGAGGUGGUAGUUAUGGUGCAAGAAUUUCCGGUGGAGGGGGUUAUGGUGGAGGUCGAGGGGGUGGCUAUGGUGGUGGCUACGGUGGUGGCUAUUGAGAGUGGGGAGCUGUAAGCACUCUUUUCACCGUAACAUGUUUGGAUUAGAGAAUGAAUUUAAGAGAACCAGAGGAGCAAUACUGGAGGUAGAAUUGUGAACGAAUUUGCACUAGCGCCUGUUUGCAUACAGUCGUGAUGCAGUCGGAGCGCCCUUUGCUUGGAGGCGCUUUAUCGAUGUCAAGGCUAUACAACGAUUAAAUCCUACCUUAGUAAGUUGAGCGAUGUUGAAAAUACAAAGCGUGGCAAAAUACAACUCUUUUAGGAAUGAGGACUACUGUAGCUAGCAAAGGUGUGGUGUGGUGCGGUGCGGUGCGGUGCAAUGGAUAGACAAGACGAGACUUCCUGAUUUCACUGGAGUAAACAUUGACAUUACACUAUGCAUUGCAAGGAGACUAAUCGACACCAACAAAGUAGUGGCAAAUGAAUUUAGCAUGUCUCUGGCUUCUUUCGGCGGUUUUGUUCUUGGCGCCUGAACAGAGUGAGGGCAGUGAGCUUUGUAAAUAUCACAAUUUUUCAACUGCUUGUGUUUCUGGAGGAGGAUAUUUUCUGCA